UGUUUUCCUUCAAAAAUUAAUAUUCCCAGUACUGAUCUUGCUUGGAAUAAUAGGCUGCAAGACUGGUUUUCUUGAGAGACAAAGAAAGAUGGGACAUCACUCCUGCUGCAACAAACAGAAGGUGAAGAGAGGUUUAUGGUCACCGGAGGAAGAUGAGAAGCUCAUUAACUACAUUUCAACCUAUGGCCAUGGAUGCUGGAGUUCUGUUCCAAAACUUGCAGGGCUGCAGAGAUGUGGGAAGAGCUGCAGGUUAAGAUGGAUUAAUUAUCUGAGGCCUGACCUCAAACGUGGGAGCUUCUCUCCCCAAGAAGCUGCUCUUAUCAUUGAACUCCAUAGCGUUCUUGGCAACAGAUGGGCUCAGAUAGCUAAGCAUCUUCCAGGAAGAACAGACAAUGAGGUGAAGAAUUUUUGGAACUCAAGCAUAAAGAAGAAGCUAAUGUCUCAUGAUCAUCAUGUCUCUGGUUUACCCAAUUUCAAUGACCAUAUGCAUCAUGAUCAUCAUCAUCAUCAACAGCCUUUCUUCUCUCUCAAUGGAAACCCUAAUUUGAUACUCUCUACACCUCAUCAGCAAGAUCAACUCUACCUCCCCUCACCACCACCACAACCACCAGUAUUGUUACAAAACUUUGGUCAUCCAGAUCAUUUCAGGUCUACUUCCAUUAAUGUCAAUGAGGAAAAUUUGGUCCAUCAUCAUCAUAUACUUUCCAAUUCAUCUUCCAUUGAUCACUCUACAUGGACAUUCCCAUAUUACCUACCUGAAAAUCCAAUCAGCUCUACUCAAGAAAAUCAAAGCUUCAGCAAUGAUUAUGUCAAGCUUAUAGACAUGUCAAGAAUCUCACUGCCACCUUAUCACGAGAAUGCACUCAUCGUGCCCAAGCUUUGCAAGAAUAUCCUUGAAGCGAAUACAGAUAAUAAUAACUUGUGCAGCAACAUGCCAUCUUCUUCAUCUGCUUCACUGGAGGUUCUUGACCCAGUAAUGGCUAGACUGUUAUGUUUCCCAUCUGGGCCUUACCCGCACGUGCCACAAACGAAUCAAGUGGAGUACUUUCAUGAGACAAUGAUCAUGCCAUCAUCUUCAUCAUCUUCCUUAUCGCCAUUGUCAAUCAAUCAAUAUGCUGCAAACCCUAAUGUUGGCUCAACCACUUGGGACCCCUAG